UUCACGUCGCAGCCGUGAUAAGUAUCAUCUCGUAUUGAGGCUUCAACCGUGUCGAAUCAAAUUCCAUAAUGCCAGCCUACAGGUGGGUAACUCGUACCGGUACUCAAUCGUUGCCAGAAAAUGCGGUCGUCGGUGGUCGCGAUUCUGAUGGAAGCAAGAUUUACGUUGGCAGAGCCUUCCACAAUGGCGACAUGUUACCAGCGAAAGUAAUUCCUGAUAAAAACGUCGCUUACGUUUGUCAUAACGGUGAAGAACAUCCUAAAGAUAAUUUCGAAGUCCUUUGCCAAGGCGAAUUUGCAUGGGAAUUUUGUAAUAAUGGUGAAGUACCAGCGGAUGCCAUAAUUGCCGGUCAAACAGCGGAUGGGGAACCUUUAUACAUUGGCCGUGUACUCCAUAAUGGGUCUCAAACGAUUGGCAAGGUCCAACAAAGUCACGGAUGCUUAUACAUUCCAUUCGAUGGCGAAGAGUUGUCAUUCAAGGAUUAUGAAGUACUCGUCAUGCAUUAGUUAAAACGAUGCUUAAUGUAAUAUACAUUUCUUUUAUAUAUAUAUAUAUGAUGAAAAUUAAGAUUCAAGCAACAAUCUUCAAACAUGCUACUAAAGCAGAAGGACCUGCAAAAAAUUAUAUACAAACGAAUAGCGUUUCGUUUCUGUAAACAUUUAUAAAGAUUCGUUUUUAAAAUAUUUAUAAAUAAGACGAUUGCAAAUAAUUGCAAAUAUUGUUUUUAAUGAGCAGCAAUUAAAUAUCGAAAUAUUCA